CUACCAUGGUAACACAAAUAUUCAACCGGCGGAAUAAAUUUUAAGUUGAAAUGUGUUACACGUCAUUUAAUGAAGCAAUAAUUGCUAAAAAUUUACAGUGUGACUGAAAGUGAGUUAUAUUCUGCUAUACUUAAAUUAUGAUUAUUAAAAAAAAUAAUAGUUACUGGUGGAAUAAAAAUGGCAGUACUGGUUUGAAUGACAAUAUAUGUCAUAAAGAUGAGUAGAAGAAUCCCAUCAAUGGGAAUUUCGUCUGUGGAAAAAACUAAGGAAGAUAAAAGCAAGCACAGGAAACGUUCUACAAAUAUCUCUAAUGUGGAAGUAAAUUCCGACGUGUCAGCUGACACAUAUAUUAAAAGUACAUUUUGGACGGUAAACUGUACAGAGAAAAUGGAUCGUAGUGUGUUUCCAGGUACGAAAAGAAAAAAGAAAAACAUUAAAAUGAACGAAGACUGUACAGGUGGGUUUAGUUUUGACAAGAGAUCUUAUUUCUCUUUUACUCCCGAAGUAUUCAAACACAGAAGCGAUGAAACGGCGACCCGAAGCUACGUAUCUCCAUGCAACCGAGAAGCUAACGACACCAAUCUAACCAAAGAAGAAUGUGAAGGUGAGGAAUACGAUAUCAAAAAAUUCAUAACUGAAAAAGUUCUCGAUGAAGUGGGAACGGAAGGUAAUCGUGCAGCUGCCAAAGAAACUGUUGAUUACACACGCAAAUGUACUGGCCUCAGUGAGCAUAGCAUAGAUGAUACGAAUGUUACUAUGAACAAUGACUGUCAAGACAUUUUUAAUGAAAUUGCCGGACGUAUUUCGUCUUACAAGAAAGAUACCCACGAGGUAAAUAUGAAAAUGAGCCAUUCUAACUCUUGUGGGAGUAAGCAUAGAAUAGUCAGAGACGAAGAAGAUUUUAGAAAAGACGUGAGUAGAUAUUUGGAUGAAAAGGAUUGUAAAGAAGCUGGCAGUAUAAAUAAUUUUAUUGUUAAUCCAGAGACCAGCACAGAUACUACGGAAGUUGUUGAGAAAGACAAUGAUGUCAGAGAUAUUGUUAAUUUCAUAGAACCACAAGUCACUUCUUUCAGGAAUUAUCUUCAAUAUGAAACUAGGAAAGACUUACAAUACAAUGGCGCUGCGACAGACAAUAGUUUCAUGGUAAGCGAAGGUAUUUUAAAAGAGAAUAAGAUUGACUCAGGUGAAAACUGUUUAAGACUUUAUGAGGUUGACCAUUCGGAUGAUGUCAAUUAUAAUGAAGCUUUUAGUAGAAAGGAAGAAAUUUUAAUUAGAGAAACGAACAAAAAUGUUAUAAAGGAUCUUGCUAUUGAUGUUAAUGACAAAAAACUUGUACAUGUAAUUGGCGAACAAGUUCGUUUUAAGAGUACGUAUAUUGAAGAAUUUGCCUGGAAAAAAUCAUAUAGUAAAGAUCCUGAAAUAUAUCACGACAAAACAUUAGGCGAUGACGAUGUAAUAAAUCGUGAUAAAACAUCAGAUGAAGACGAUAUAAGAGAUCCUCACAAAACAUCAGGUGAAGACAUUGUAAAAGAUCGUGACAAAAUAUCAGACGAAAAUAAUGUAAAUGUUUGCGACACAACAUCAGGCGAAGACGAUAUAAGAGAUCCUGAUAAACCAUCAGGCGAAGAUGAUAUAAGAGAUCAUCACAAAACAUCAGGCGAAGACAUUUUAAAAGAUCCUUGCCAAAUAUCAGGCGAAGACGGUGCAAGAGAUCGUGACACGAAAUUAAGCGAAGACUGUGUAAGAGAUAAUGAAAUAGACAUUUUGGAAGGCAGCGAUUUUGAUGAAUUAGUUUGUGGAAAAGAGAAGAUUUUAAGUCAUGAGACAAAAUCAAUCAAAAGCGAGUCUGAGACAGUUAGUGAAGCUGAAAAUAUGAUGGAAAAAAACACAAUUCACAAAGAAGAAGAUAUUGCUAGUACCGAACGUUUGAGUGAUGAUGCUCCAGUAACUGGGGUGGAACAAAUCAGCUGUGAAGCUGACAAUGGACACGCUGAAGAUCAAGACGUUUGUUUAGUUCCUGUUCCGCCGGCGGCGAGGACGUGCGCGAUGUGCGGUCGCGCUGAGGCGGCGGGGGAGCUGCGCAGGGCCUGCCGCUGCAGAGACGCCCUCGCGCACCCGAGGCGUCUGCAGCUGCAGCUGGCGGACACUCCCGGGCACUCGGGGCGGCGCUGCAGCCGCCUGGGAGGCGCGCAGCACGCCCCGGUGACUCAGGUGAUCCUCAUGGUGCAGCUGACGGCGCUGAUCCUGUGCGAGGUGCUGCUGGCCCAGGACGCAGUGCAGCUGUCCCUGCGCGAGCUGGAUGACGCCCGAGGCCUGGAGCACUGGCGGUGCGCCCACGCGGACCAGGCCGACCUGGUGAGGCAGGUGUUCGCGCGCCAGUGGGAGCUGCUCGACUGCCGCUGGAGGGACGCGCUGCGCAGCUGGCCCGGGCUGCUGGACUUCGGCCUGGUCGCCCCGGGCGAGGACCAGGGGGGUGCUGCCGCCGCGUCGUGCCCCGGCGAGGCCGCGAGCUGGCUGCCGCUGGCGUCGACGACGGGCCUGCCCGAGUGGUUCUGGGCGCUGGCCGGCGGCGCGUUCUGCGCGCAGGUGCUGCUGCUGGUGUGCCUGGCUGUCGCCAGCGCGUGUUCCUUCCGCCGCUGGUGCCGCGGCCAGCCGCCCGACGCCGUCCUCCAAGACACGGAGGACACGGCCUGA